AUGGCUUCUCAACCUAAAAUUUCAAUGAAAAGGAGAAGAAAAGUUUUGACACUUGUGCAAAAAAUUGAAAUUUUGGAUAAAAUAAAAAGUGGUGAUACCGUAGCGUCACUUGCUAGGAAGUACGAAAUGAACGAGUCUAGUGUUCGAGAAAUAAGAAAAAAUGAAGUGGCAAUACGACGCAGUGUUAUGGAAAGUGCCCCUAUUUCCAGUAAAACGUGUUUUAUCACGCGUGAUGUUAUGGUAGAGAAGACCGAAAAAGCCUUAAAUAUUUGGAUUGAAGACCAGACCCAAAAAAAAGUUCCUCUCAGUUCUAUAAUUAUACGAGAAAAGGCUAAACAACUUCAUCAACAUUUUACAAGUUCAUCAAAGGGGGAUAGCGAAAAUUCGUCGUUCCUCGCAAGCAAAGGCUGGUUUGAAAAAUUCAAAAAUCGGUGUAACCUUCACAACGUCAAACUAGUUGGCGAGUCUGCCUCGGCAGACCAUUUAGCAGCUAAAAAUUUUCCUAUAGAGUUAAAAAAUGUCAUUGAACAGGGUGGUUACACCCCCGAACAGGUAUUCAAUGCAGACGAAACAGGUCUUUUUUGGAAAAGAAUGCCAUCAAGAACUUUUUUAUCAAAAAAUGAAAAAACAGCACCGGGAUUCAAGGCAGCUAAAGACAGACUCACCUUAUUGCUUUGUGCUAAUGCUUGUGGUUUCAUGAUAAAGUCAAUGGUCGUUUAUAAAUCACUUAAACCACGAGCCUUCAAAUCUAAAGACAUGAAUCACUUGCCAGUGUUUUGGAGAGCAAAUAAUAAAGCUUGGGUCACUGCACAAAUUUUUAGUGAUUGGUUUACAAACUGUUUUAUUCCUCAAGUGGAGAUGUACCUAAAAUUAAAAAAUCUCCCUUUUAAAGCUUUAUUGCUAAUUGACAAUGCCCCUGGCCAUCCCCCCUCAUUAAAAUUUCAACAUUCUGACAUUGAAGUCAUGUUUAUGCCUCCAAACACUACCUCACUUUUUCAACCAUUAGACCAAGGGGUGAUUGCAGCGUUUAAGGCCUAUUACGUACGAAGAACUUUUCAACGUCUAUUAAAAAACUUAGAAGAAGAUCCAGAACUUACAGUUACACAAGGAUGGAAAAAUUAUGACAUCGCUAAAUGUCUCGUCAAUAUCAAAGAAUCACUGGAUGAAGUUCAGCCCUCGACUAUAAAUGCUUGUUGGCGAAAAUUAUGGCCAGAAGUUGUGUUGAAAAGCGAUAAAAUUGACAAUCUGAACACCACGGUGAAUCAAAUCGUAGAAAUUGCUCGGAACGUAAAAGGUUUUGAUGAGGUAAAUAGAGACGACAUAGAAGAAAUGAUGUUUAACUAUGAUCAGGAACUUACAUUGGAGGAUCUAGAAGAAAUUACCGAAACCCCGAACGAACCAAAACAAUCGGAGGAUGAUGAAGAGGAAGAAGAACCUGUGAAGCCGGAUUUCUCCUCUAAAUCAAUCAAAGAGAUUUUUUCAUUAGCAAACCAACUAACUGAACAAGUUCUUAUGACGGAUCCACUCACUGAAAGAGCAUUAAAGUUCAAAAGAGGAAUCCAAGAAUUGCUGGUGCCUUACGAAGAAGACGUAGUAUUAAGAUAUGCUACAAAAAUAUUAUGA